AUGCGUGGUCCAGCUUUGGUCCAUAGAAUUGACUUUUUGUUCUUUAAUCAAUUUCAUGCUGAACAGCUGAUUAAAGUUGAAGUGAAGGAAGAAGCAGAAGAGCCAUACUUGAGGGAAGAUGACCAGUACAAGGAGGAGGAUAUUCGGCAAGAGAUUGGCACGGAUAAUUGUGACCAGAACAAGUGUCCCCAUUGGAAGAUUUACCCUCAUAUCCUUUUCCACCACGGAAAGGGAUUCCGACAGAAGUCCGACCUGGCUAAUCACCAGAAAAGUCCACACAUCCGAAAACCCAUUUUCGUGUUCGGAAUUCCUUACGUCUAUAGCUUGAGUCAAGAAGAGGCUAUACUAAGUUCAGCCAAGAUUCACAUCGACCCAGAUGUCAAGAAACAUGUGUCCGCCUCUAUGCGCCAUCAGUUCUGGUCCAGUCCGGGUGGUGGCUCCACACUGCGAGUCUCUAGUGUUAAACUCUACAGCCACCCGAAUCAAUGUUACCUACUAGUCCUAAACCUGCUAAAAAUGUAUUCCAACAUUGUGUUCACAGACACGGAAGACACAAGAGAAGCUCAGAUAGACUUCAAACCUGAGGAGGAGGAAGAAAGACUUGUGAUGAUUAAAGAGGAAGAAAUUCCUGUAGAGAUCGGCACAGAUUCCGGAGAUGAUGGAGCCACUCAGAGGGACGUCAAAACUGAAGAGGAGGAAGAAGAAGAGACAAAGACUGAAGAGGAGGAAACUUCUUUGGAGAUCGGCACAGAUGGACAAUACAACUGGAGUAACCCGGAGGUCCACCAGAUGAUCUCUCGAGACGGUGAAAUAAAUUGUAACGACACCACAUCCGAUUCUUCUGAAGAAAGCCCCAUGACCCCCAUUCUUCAUCCAGAACUUCAAAGCCUUGACCUAUCACCUGAUCCCUCCACUAAUGGUGGUGGUUUUCCUCGUCCUUCUUCUCGGGUCACCCAUCAUGGAGAUGAACGAGAAGGUCACGUUUAUUCCAAGCACGGUGAAUGUUUUGCCAGGAAGGAAGACCUCGCUUCGUGCCAGAGAUCUCAGGAACGAGAGAAGCCGUAUCCAUGUUCGGAAUGCGGGAAAUGUUUCUCUCGGAGAUCGCACCUCCUCACCCACGAGAAGGCUCACACCGGGGAGAAGCCUUAUUCAUGUUCUGAAUGUGGGAAAUGCUUCACCCGGAGAGACAAUCUUUUAAUACACCAGAGGUCUCACACGGGGGAGAAGCCGUAUUUGUGUGUGGACUGCGGGAAAUCUUUUAGCGGCAGAGGCAGUCUUCUCAUCCACCAGCGAACGCACACGGGGGAGAAGCCGUAUACCUGCUUGGAAUGCGGACGGUGCUUCUCCCAAAAACGGGAAGUCAUCCGACACCAGAGGACUCACACCGGAGAGAAGCCCUAUAGCUGCCGCGAAUGCGGCAAACUUUUUUCCUUCAAUUCAGACCUUACCAAGCACAAGAGGGUCCACACCGGGGAGAAGCCGUAUCCGUGCUCCGAGUGCGGGAAGAGGUUUUCUCACAAAGGGAAUCUCGUGUCCCACCAGAAGACCCACACGGGGGAGAAACCCUACUCCUGCUCCGAAUGUGGCAAAUGUUUUUGUCAGAAGAAGGAGCUGAUUAUACACCAGAGAACACACACGGGCGAGAGGCCGUUCUUCUGUCCCGAGUGCGGGAAAGGUUUUUCUCAGAAGGGGAAUCUGAUCACGCAUUCCAAGACCCACAACGGGAAGAAACCUUUCACGUGUCCUGAAUGUGGUGAAUGUUUUACCCAGAGGGAGGACCUCACCUCCCACCAGAGAAGUCACAGAAGGAAGAAGCCGUAUUCAUGUCUCGAGUGCGAGAAAUGUUUUUGUACGAAGAAGAAACUCGAUAGACAUCAGAAAACUCAUUGGGCUCAGAAGCCGUAUUCAUGUUCUGGAUGCGGCAAAGGUUUUUCCGAAAGGUGGGAACUGGUCAAACACCAGAGGACUCACUUAGAGGAGAAGCAAUUUUCAUGUACGUUAUGCGGGAAAUCUUUCUUCCAGAGAGAAUAUCUUCUGUCGCAUCAGAUGACUCACACGGGAGAGAAGCCGUACCCGUGUUCCGAGUGUGGGAAACGCUACGUCGACCGUACGCGUCUUAAUAAGCACCAGAGGAGUCACUCGGGAGAGAAGCCGUAUUCGUGUUCAGUGUGCGGGAAAUGUUUUUUUAACAAAUCGGGUCUCAACUACCAUGAGAAAACUCACACAGGGGUGAAGCCUUAUUCGUGUUCAGAUUGCGGGAAGUGUUUUUACCAGAAAUCCAAGCUGGUUUUACAUCAACGAUCUCACACGGGGGAGAAGCCAUAUUCAUGUCCCGAUUGCGGGAAAUGCUUCUCCCUCCGAGGGCAACUUAUCGCCCAUCGGAAGACUCACACGGGGGAGAAGCCGUUUUCCUGUUCGGAAUGUGGCAAGUGUUUUUACCAGAACGCCAAGCUCGUUUUGCACCAGAGGACCCACACCGGGGAGAAGCCGUACUCGUGUCCUGAGUGCGGGAGAGGUUUUUCUGAGAGGUCCGCUCUUACCAAACAUGGACGGGUCCAUACGGGGGAGAAGCCGUUUUCAUGUUCGGAGUGCGGGAUGAGUUUCGCUCGAAAAAGGAGUCUGGUGAAACACACGAGCGUUCAUGUAGAAGCCCCUUCUAACCGAAAUCCACCAGAGAGAUGUCCCAAUCCACUGAGAUCCCAGGAUUCCACACAGGAAGGCCACAAGGUCCCUCAGGAUCAUCAGGUAGAUGGAAUGGAGGGUCCGAAAGGUGAAAAUGUGACUCCCGUUAAAGUGGAAGUGAAGGAAGAAGCAGAGGUGACGGCUGUGAGGGGCGAUGAGCCGUGUAAGGAGGAGGAGGAAAAGAGACGGCACAUCGGUGAAAGCCGAGAGAAUCGUCCCGUUAUCCCUUCGAAUGGUGGAAUAAAAGAUGACGAGAUGACCUCAGAUGUCCCUCAGGUACUUCACAGAGAAAGGUUAUCACCUACAACGGCCACGCCCCUGAGGAAUCCCGUACCUCAUAUAGCCCGCCGAUUGGGUAAAACCUUCCCGUGUUCCCAGUGUGGCGAAUGUUUUACCCGGAGAGUGGACCUCACAUCACACCGGAGAGACCACAAAAGGCAGAAGAUCUACCCGUGUCCGGAGUGUGGGAAAUGCUACUUUGAAAAACAGCAAUUUACGCGCCACCGGAUGACUCACACUGGCGAGAAGCCGUAUCCCUGUUCGGAAUGCGGUAAGUGCUUUACCGAAAGGUGCAUUCUCACCAAGCACCAGAGAACUCAUUCUGGCGAGAGGCCUUUUUCCUGCUUGGAGUGCGGGAGAUGUUUUUUUCACAGGAGAAACCUCAUCGUGCACGCAAAGACCCACACCGGGGAAAAGCCGUUCUCGUGUUUGGCGUGCGGGAAGUGUUUUGCGCAGAAAACGACUCUGAUGAACCAUGAAAAGGUGCACACGGGGGAGAAGCCGUUUUCAUGUACCGAAUGCGGGAAAAGCUUCUCACACAAGUUAUCUCUUGCCGCCCAUAAAAAAGUGCACACGGGGGAGAAACCAUUUACGUGCGCUGUGUGCGGGAGAUGCUUCUCUCACAAGUCCUCUUUCGUCGUCCACGGUAAGAUUCACACGGGGGAGAGGCCGUAUUCGUGUACUGAAUGCGGAAAGAGCUUUUCCUGUAAAUCGUCUCUUAACACCCACGUCAAAAUCCACACGGGGGAGAAGCCGCAUUCCUGUUCGGAGUGCGGGAAGUGUUUUUCUCAGAAAGCACAGCUUAUCAUCCACGAGAGGACUCACACCGGAGUGAAGCCGUAUUCGUGUUUUGAAUGUGGGAAAUGUUUUGCCGUGAGGUCGAACCUCGUGGCCCAUGAAAAAAUUCACAGAGGGGAAAAGCCCUAUGUGUGUUCCGAGUGCGGGAAAUGCUUUUCUGAAAAGUCGUACCUUGCCACCCAUGAGAAGGUCCACACGGGGGAGAAGCGAUACUCGUGCUCAGAAUGCGGGAAAGGGUUCACCAAAAAAUCCUUCUUUUUGUCGCAUCUCAGUUCCCACAGGGGACAAGAGCUUCCUGAGAAGCCGUUCUCAUGUUCCGAAUGCGGGAAAUGCUUCACCCUGAAACAGCAACUCGUCCGACACCAGAGAACUCACUCGGCCGAGAAGCCGUUUUCCUGUCCGGAGUGCGGGAAAUGUUUCCCUGAAAAAUGGAUGCUGGCUAAACAUCAAACGAAUCACUCCGGGGAGAAGCCGUUCUCGUGUUCAGAAUGCGGGAGAUAUUUCUCCACGAGGAGGAACCUUAUUUCGCAUCAGUUGACUCACACGGGAGAGAGGCCGUUUUCCUGUUCGGAAUGCGGGAAAUGUUUUUCCCAAAAGUCGACUCUGACCACCCAUGAGAAGAUCCACACGGGGGUGAAGCCGUAUUCCUGCUCCGAAUGCGGGAAAUGCUUCUCCCACAAGUCUUCUCUCCUCGGACACGAGAAGGUCCACACCGGCGAGAAGCCGUUUUCCUGCACGGAAUGCGGGAGAUGUUUUUCCCUCAAAUCAAACCUCAUCACGCACGAAAAAGUCCACACGGGGGUGAAGCCGUAUUCGUGCUCGGAAUGCGGGAAAUGUUUCACCCACAAAUCGUCGCUGGUGAAGCACGAAAAAGUGCACACGGGAGAGAAGCCGUUCUCGUGCUCGGAAUGUGGGAAAGGUUUCAGUGACAGGACCCACCUUAUUUUUCACCAGAGGAGUCACACGGGGGAGAAGCCUUUUUCCUGUACUGAGUGUGGGAAAUGUUUUGCCCGGAAAUCGUUAUUGAUUCACUACCAUCUGAGAGGCCACCAAAAGGAGAAGCCCUAUCCGUGUUCUGAAUGUGGCAAAAGCUUUUCUCAGAAGCAACAACUGGUCAGACAUCAGAGAACUCACUCGGCGGAGCAGCCGUUUUCCUGUUCGCAGUGUGGGAAAUGUUUCACCGAAAAAUGGAUGCUGGCUAAACACAGGAAUACUCACUCUGGGGAGAAGCCGUUCUCCUGCUCGGAAUGCGGGCGAUGUUUUUCCCACAGAAGGAAUCUCAUCUCGCAUCAGAUGACUCACACGGGAGAGAGGCCGUUUUCCUGUUCGGAAUGCGGGAAAUGUUUUUCCCAAAAGUCGACUCUGACCACCCAUGAGAAGAUCCACACGGGGGUGAAGCCGUAUUCCUGCUCCGAAUGCGGGAAAUCCUUUUCUCAUAAGUCUUCUCUUAUCGGGCAUGAAAAGGUCCACACGGGAGAGAAGCCGUUUUCCUGCACGGAAUGCGGGAAGUGUUUUUCCCUCAAAUCAAACCUCAUCGCACACGAAAAAGUCCACACGGGGGAGAGGCCGUAUUCAUGUGCCGAGUGCGGGAGAAGCUUCUCCAUGAAAUCCAACCUUCUCAAACAUGAAAAGGUUCACACGGGGGAGAAGCCGUGCUCCUGCCCGGAAUGCGGCAAAGGCUUCAGCGAUAGAACCCACCUUAUGUUACAUCAGAGGACUCACACGGGCGAGAAGCCCUUCUCGUGUAACGACUGCGGGAAAUGUUUCUCCCGGAAAUCAAAUCUUCUCGAACAUGAAAAAGUUCACAGAGGGGAGAAGCCGUUUUCAUGUGAAUGCGGGAAACGGUUCUCGAAGAAGUCCUCGUUUAUGUCGCAUCUUAAGAUCAGCACAGGGGGUGAAACCUUCCUGUGUUCUGAAUGUGGUGAAUGUUUUACCCUGGAAGAGGACCUCACCUCCCACCAGAGAGGUCAUGAGAAGGAGAAGCCGUAUUCCUGCUCCGAAUGUGGGAGAUGUUUUUCCCAAAAAGUGCAGCUCACUAGACACGAAAGAACUCACUCGGCUGAGCAGCCAUUUGUAUGUACAGAGUGUGGAAAAUGUUUCACAGAGAUAUGGAUACUGGCUAAACAUCAGAGUAUUCACACAAGCGAGAUGGAGUAUUCGUGUUCAGAGUGUGGGAAAAGUUUUGCCUUCAAUUCAUCUCUAACUAAGCACAAGAAAACUCACGCCAGGGAGAAGCCGUUCUCUUGUUCAGAAUGUGGGAGGCGUUUUUCCAACAGGGAAAGUUUCAUCGGGCACCAGCUGGCUCACGCCGGGAAGAAGCUGUUUUCAUGUGCGGAAUGCGGAAAAUGUUUCUCCCAGAAAUCGAACCUCACCACUCACGAAAAAGUUCACACGGGAGUAAAGCCGUAUUCGUGUUCAGAGUGCGGAAAGUGUUUCUCUCAGAAGGCGACUCUUACCACGCACGAGAAAGUUCACACGGGUGAAAAGCCCUACUCGUGUGCCGAGUGCGGUAAAUGUUUUUCCCAGAAAUCGACGCUCACGACUCACGAGAAGGUUCACACGGGAGUGAAGCCGUAUUCAUGUUUGGAGUGCGGGAAAAGUUUUUCCCAGAAGUCGACUCUCACCACUCACGAGAAGGUUCACACGGGGGAGAAGCCGUAUUCGUGUUCAGAAUGCGGGAGAUGUUUUUCCAACAGACGCAAUCUUAUCGGCCAUCAGACAAUUCAUACGGGGGAGAAGCCGUAUUCCUGUCUUGAAUGUGGCCGAUGUUUUUCCAACAGGCGUAAUCUAAUCGCACACCGGAUAACCCACACGGGGGAGAAGCCGUAUUCGUGUUCAGAGUGCGGGAGAUGUUUUUCCCAUAAGUCGGCUCUUACCAGCCACGAAAAGAUUCACACCGGGGCGAAGCCGUAUUCAUGUUCCGAGUGCGGGAAAUGUUUCUCGUUUAACUCUUCUCUUUUUAAGCAUAAGAAAACUCACAGCGGAGAGAAGCCAUAUGGGUGUUCCGAAUGCGGGAGAUGGUUCUCUCAGAAAGAGCAGCUCCAUAAACACAGGAGGACUCACUCGGACGAGAAUCCAUUUUCCUGUUCGGAAUGUGGGAAAAGCUUUAUCGACAAAUCCAAACUUUUGGUACACCAUAGAACACACUCGGGAGAGAAGCCGUUUUACUGUGCGGAAUGCGGGAAAUGUUUUUCCAAGGGAGGAAACCUCAUCUCUCAUCAAAAGACUCACACGGGGGAGAAGCCCUUUUCUUGUUCAGAAUGCGGCAGAGGCUUUACCGAAAGAUCUUUGCUCGCAAUGCACCAGAGAACUCACUCGGGGGAGAAGCCAUUUUCCUGUACGGAAUGCGGCGACCGUUUUUCCCGGAAAUCUGCUCUAGCCAACCAUCUGAAAGUUCACACGGGGGAGAAGUCCUAUUCGUGUUCCGAAUGCCGGAGAUGUUUUUCUCAGAGGUCCAUACUUCUCUUACACGAGAGGACUCACACCGGGGUGAAGCCGUAUUCAUGUCCCGAAUGCGGGAAACGGUUCUCUCUUAGAUUCAGCCUCCUCUCUCACCAGAUGACCCACACGGGGGAGAAGCCUUAUUCCUGUCCGGAAUGUGGGAAACGUUUCGUGGAGAAAUCGAACCUCGCUAGGCAUCAGAAAACCCACUCAGGGGAGAAGCCCUUUUCCUGUCCUGAGUGCUCCAAGAGUUUUUCCAGGAAGUCAUCCCUGGUUAGACAUGAACAGGUUCACACGGGGGAGAAGAUGUAGAGGCCGUACUCGUGUUCUGAAUGUGGUGACCGGUUUUCCCAAAAAGCAUGUCUUGUCUCGCAUCUAAAGGUUCACACGGGGGAGAAGCCAUAUUCGUGUCCAGAAUGUGGGAAGAGUUUCUCUCGGAAGUCCUCUCUCAUCCGGCAUAUCAAGUUUCACAAGGGGGAUAAGCCGCAUUCCUGUCCAGAAUGUGGGAAAUGUUUUUCCCAACGAGCCAAACUUAGUUUACACCAGAUAACCCACACGGGGGUGAAGCCAUAUUCGUGUUCGGAAUGCGGGAAACAGUUUUCCACCAGGGUACGUCUUAGCUCACACCAGAUGACCCACACGGGCGAAAAGCCUUAUUCCUGUCCUGAGUGCGGGAAGUGCUUUGCAGAGAGAUCGAACCUCAUCUCGCAUCAGAGAAUCCACUCGGGGGAAAAGCCGUUUUCCUGUUCAGAGUGCGGCGACAGUUUUGCCCGAAAAUCAUCUCUCGUCAGGCACAUAAAAGUUCACACGGGGGAGAAGCCGUAUUCGUGUAUGGAAUGUGGAAGGUGUUUUGCUCAGAGGGCCAAACUUCUUUUACAUCAGAGGACUCACACCGGGGAGAGGCCGUUUUCAUGUUCCGAGUGUGGAAGAUGUUUUACUGGAAAAGCAUAUCUUGUGAGGCACCAGACAAGUCAUAAGGAGAAGCCAAAGUCCCAGGAACUGUCUCUUGGUGGACACGAAAAACUUGUCACCGGAUAA